UCUGACCCCCGCGCCAUGCGGCUCUCCUGCAAGGUGGCGGCGGCGCUGCUGUGCCUCGGCAGCCUGCUGCUGCUCUAUCUGCUGGCGGGCAGCGCCGCCGCGCCCCCGCGCCCGCCGCCCGCGCCCUCCGCGCCUGCCCGCCCCGCCGCGCCGCCCGCCCGCCGGCAGUCGCGGCUCAGCCGGAGCCCGCCGCGGAGAAGUCCCGCCAGCGGCAAACUCGCCAGCGCCAGGAAGCCUGGAGAACAGAAACAUUCAAAAGAGCCUUCAUCUUUGCAAUGCAUGCAUCUGGCAGUUGUAGCAUGUGGGGACCGGCUGGAAGAGACACUAAUCAUGCUGAAGUCAGCAGUUCUCUUUAGCAACAGGAGGCUCUGCUUUCACAUUUUUGCUGAGGAUUCCCUUAAGCCUGAAUUUGAGAAGAAGUUAAAGGAAUGGCCUUCCUCAUAUACAAAGAAGUUUGAGUACAACAUUUACCCAAUAACCUUCUCAGUAGGAAAUGCUCAGGAAUGGAAAAAGUUAUUCAAACCAUGUGCUGCCCAGCGCCUUUUUCUUCCGGUCAUUUUAAAGGAUGUGGAUUCUCUCCUUUACGUGGAUACUGACGUUCUCUUCCUGAGGCCCAUUGAUGACAUCUGGCACAUCCUGACAGAGUUCAAUUCGACACAGCUCGCUGCGAUGGCCCCGGAGCACGAAAUCCCAAAGAUUGGCUGGUACAGUCGCUUUGCGCGUCACCCCUAUUACGGGACAACCGGAGUCAAUUCCGGAGUGAUGCUGAUGAAUUUAACGCGCAUACGCAACACUCACUUCAAGAACAGCAUGAUACCAAGUGGUUUGACUUGGGAGGAAAUGUUAUAUCCAUUAUAUCAAAAGUACAAAAACUACAUUACAUGGGGAGACCAGGAUUUGCUAAAUAUCAUUUUUAACUUUAACCCAGAGUGUCUCUACGUGUUUCCAUGUCAGUGGAACUACCGGCCUGAUCACUGUAUGUAUGGGAGCAACUGUAAAGGUGCAGAGGAAGAAGGUGUCUCUAUUCUGCAUGGAAAUAGAGGAGUCUACCAUGAUGACAAACAGCCCACGUUCAAGGCACUCUAUGAAGUGAUACGUGAUUUCCCAUUUGAAGACAAUCUCUUCCAGUCUUUGUACUACCCUCUGCAAUCUAAGUUUCUGGAGACGGUGCACACUUUAUGUGGGAGAAUCCCACAAGUAUUUUUGAAGCAAAUUGAGAAAACUAUGAAGAAGGUGUAUGAAAAUCGUGUCAUUGUCUAUUUGGGGGCCAACCACAGAUACUAAAUGCAGCUGUCUUUUUAUGCAGAGUUUUUAUUCUUGCAUACCAUCUCAUGAAGUAUAUAAAUGAAGAGCAUGAACUCCUUUACUGCAACUCAGAAUGAAAAUAUUUUCCCUAUCCAUAACUGCUGAAAUUAUAAAACCAGAGGAAAUCCUAGAAGUCUACCUAAACUGUCUUUUCUUGGGCCUUUUGUUUUCUUCCUAUGUCUACUCUUGGUUGCAACAGGCAGAGAGGAUGAUACUUCUAUCUGAUGAGUUUGGUUAGCUGUUGAAGUACAGCUGUAUUCACUGUAACUACUUUGAAGUUGUGGAAAAGCUUGUACUGAUCUUAUCUUAACAAAAGUUAUGGUUUGAGCUCCAACAUGGAGAAUGCAACUCAUGAAGUGAUAGGGCAAGUAUUCUUGACUGCCAUGAGGAUGAAUUACAGAAAAGAUCACUUGUGAUAGGAUAAGUUACAAUUUACUAUAGUAAAGGGAAAGUGUUUGCUUGAAAUUGCACUCCUCUCUGAAGAUGUGUAACCUGCUAUUGUUCAACAUAGGAGAUUUCUCUUACUUAAAAAGGUUAGGGCAAUAGAAGUGUCUAUUUACCUUGUAUUUUACAGCACUUUUUGUCCAGUGAUUGUCAUUUUCCCUUCCUCUCUUCAAUAGUUUUGUGAGGGCUUCUCAUGAAGGAAUUCGAAGGAAAAUAAUUACAGCAUAAGCAUGAGGACUGUGCAUAACUGGGAGGGGGUUGCUGUGGAAGCUGUGGCAGCUGCACAGCUCACAGAGAACAGCAAGAGAAUCCUUUCUUGCAUAGAGUACUGUCUUCCCCUCACAGCCCUGUACAGUUUUCAGAAUGUAUUCACUAACUUGGUAGUACUAAGUACGUGACAGACAGUCCUAAAAUAAUUGUGAAUGAAGGGGACAAAACCAGGUACUAUUGAUCUGUUUUCCUCUUCAGUUAAACCUCUUUAAUUGCUGUUUACUGCACACUAACAAUGGCAUGCUGCUGACAGCCCUUCUUCCAUCCCUGCUCUGGGAGGCUGCAGUUGCUGCCUCUAACACCCCCUUUCUGCUUCACCAAAAACCUGGGGCACAGUAAUUGUUUCUGUCUGACACUUCUGCUCCUGAAGGCAGAGUUUUACUCUAGGAUCACAAUGAAUGGCCUCCAGGUGAAAGGAUACAAGACGGUUUGGAUGUUUACUUGAAAUAGAUUUUGAAAGCAUGAUGCUUAGGAUACACACAGACAAGAGCUUAUUAAAACUUGCAGUAGCUCAAAGGUGCUUGGGACAAGCCACUGGGAAACUGGAAGGGAGGGCAGUCUUGAAGAGCAGCAGUCCAAGAGCUGACUCCUAGAGGGCAUGUUCCAAGUGUAAGCCCUAAGAGGUGUGUGGAGGUGACUGCUUGAAGAAGACAGCAGAGAAAAUUAUUUUCAAGUCUAUUCAGCAGAAAAAAUUAGUCAUUACUUGGAAUUACUCAUUCAGGCAAAGUAGGAGAGGGAUGAGGAGGGUGAGAUACACGAAGCUUUCUUCUAGUGAAACCUGAUGUGGGUUAUAUAUCCUGUACAUGCAACAUGCAUUGCUUGGAGGUAAAUAUUUGGAGUGUGUGAAUGAGGGAAAGGAUGUGUUUCCCAAGGGAAAAGGUAAGAUUUCUGAAGAAUUAGAGUUUUGGGGGUUUCUACCCUGUCUGGCCAGAACUGAUGCACAGUUUCAUAAGAAAGCAGAUUCCAAGAGCAGGUCCUUUUAGCUUGCACAUUCCACUGCUUGCGUGGCUGCUAGUGAGAGGAGGGAGAAGCAGGCCCUGCCGCAUCUUCAGCUGCCAGAUGCACAGCCUGUGCGCAGGAUGAAGUGCUGACACGCGAGUGUGAAAACGUCUGUGACACGUCCCUGAGGGUGCUGGGGGAAUGACACGAGUGGCAAACAGCAUCACUGCAGCCAUCGGCAUAGGGGAGGGAGGACCUCAGAGCAGAAGUGUGGAAUGAGGGACAGAUGCUCUUGGUCCUGGCAGUUUCCCUGCAGUCUGUGCUCAGACAAACCAAUGACUUUUGUUUGCCCCGCUGUAUGCUCUAAAUUCUAAUCAAUAACUCAUGCAGAUUGCUGACUCAGAUCCCUUAUCCUUCAGCCUUUGCCAUGUACAUGUAACUCAACAUGCAAAAGAGGGAGGCAGCUCUGCAUCUGUUUUGAUGGAAAGCCUGGGACCCAGAGAACAUCUCAACCUGUGGGUAGAUGUUACUGUCUCUCACAACUUGCCUUAGUGUUUUCUAUUUUUACCUCAAGUUUUAGUUGCUGCUUAAAAAGAAGAGUACAUUUCUAGCUACAGAGAGAAGUGUGAAAACUAACCCAAAUGAACCUUGAAGGCUUCAGAGACAGAAGGCAAUGAAAAGAAAAUUCAGCUUGCUGUUUUAAAAAGUUUAAGAUAGGUAAGCCUAACGUACGACAGGUAAACCCCUGGGGCUAGCAGUACUGAGAACUUGUGGCAACUGUUAGCUUGCUUUUUAAUCUUGAUGUUCAAGUAUCAGGGUAAGGCUGGCCAUAGGUCAAACAAGGCUGGAUGAGACAUACGCUGGGCACCCUGAAUUCCACAUUUCUAUGGUCUCAACAAGCCACAGAGGGUUGCAGAGCAGAAGUCUCAUUGCCCAGAAGGUUGUGAUGCUGGUGCUAAGCCUCUGAAGUGCAGGAGGCUGUGAUUAUGUCAGCUGUGAUUCAGCAGAACCCUGCAACUAUGGGCACAUGAAAAUGAAGGACUGGCAUUCAUUACAAAACAAGGGCGUUAUUGCAUAUAAACCAAUUAGGGAUUAAAACAGGGCUUUUCAUGUUUACAGGAGGUGCUGCAUUAUGUUUAGAAUGAACCGUGUUAUGUUCUGAACAGCUAUUAAAAUAUAUGAAGUAUAUGCUUUAA